AUGGAGACUCCACAGGCAAAUACAUACGCCAGUGGCUCGGCCCAAUAUGUAUCAGGGGAUUAUGACGUGUCUCAGCGGAUCAGGGCAAGUGCACCAGACCGGACGUUUGCAUUGGUCGACGAGGAAGCAGAAUUAAAUGCUAUAAUUGACAAGACAUCCAAUUUGAAUCUCAGUUCCAAAGGCCGCAAAAGUAAUUUGGGAGAGGUGUUUAUCAAGUACAUUAACCCGAUCCUCUUGACAGCGGUGUCGGCGUUUUUCCGGCUAUACAGACUCGAUGGGUCCAAGCACGUGACCUGGGAUGAGGCUCACUUUGGGAAAUUUGGUUCUCAUUAUAUCAAACACGAAUUCUACUUUGAUGUGCACCCUCCUUUGGGAAAACUUUUGGUGGCAUUAUCAGGAUACUUGGCGGGGUCCAACGGAGAAUUUACUUUUCCUAGUAGUGGCUCAUACCCGGAAGAUGUGAACUACGUGGCAAUGAGAGCUUUUAAUUGUAUUUUCGGGAUACUAUGUACACCAUUGGCAUAUAAAACAGCCGUGGUUUUGGGCUUUAGUCAGUUCUCCGUAUGGUUUAUCACUUUACAAGUGAUUUUUGAAAUGGUAUCAUUGACAUUGUCCAAAUUUAUCUUAUUGGACUCCUUCUUACUAUUUUUCACGGUAUUAAGCUUUUACUGUCUAGCUCAUAUCCACAGACUUAGAAUGAGCAACACGUUUCUUACCUAUGAUGGAAUUAAGUGGUUACUGAUUACAGGUUUGUCAAUUGGCUGUGUUUGUUCGGUCAAGUGGGUAGGGAUGUUUGUGACUGCCCUUAUUGGGUUCUACAUCAUAUAUGAUCUUUUAAUCAAAACCUACCAGUUAAGAAGCAAAAAAUACCAUAUAACAGUACUUGAGUACUUAUUGCACUGGCUCACCAGAAUUGUGACAUUGAUCAUCAUUCCGUUCGUGUUGUACUUGUCAUUUUUCAAGAUCCAUUUCGCCUUGUUGACAAGGUCGGGUCCUGGUGACGGGUCCACCUCCACCUUAUUACAAGCAAAUUUGGAAGAUACCAGUAUUAAAAUAGGUCCAAGAUCGGUUGGUUAUGGUUCUUUAGUGACACUUAGAUCUCAGGGAUUAUCACCCAACUUGCUUCACUCCCACCCUCACAACUAUCCUGAAGGUUCCCAACAGCAGCAGGUGACCACGUAUGGGUUCAAGGAUAACAACAAUGAGUUCGUUUUUGAGUUUGAUUUACAAAACGGCUUGAAUAAUCACUUUGCAACCCUUGAAGCAGAUGAAAAUACCACUGUCGAGUACGAUAGACUUGUUAAAGAUGGGAAUACGGUUAGACUUGUACACUCCAACAGAGGAUGCCUUUUACAUUCCCACCGGGUCGCAGCCGCAAUUACCAAGUCCCAUUUUGAAGUUUCAUGUUAUGCAAACUUGGCCAAUAGUGAUCUGAAAGAUGAUUGGGUGAUUGAAAUCCAAGGACAUGAAAAGUCUCCGUCUCCAGACUUCCAAAAUGAGGCCACCGAUGAGCUUCAUCCAAUUUCCACCAACUUUAGAUUAAGACACAAAGUUUUGGGUUGUUAUUUAGCCACCACUGGUAAAGCAUAUCCAGCCUGGGGUUUCCAACAAGGAGAAGUUAUUUGUAAAAACACAGUGUUAAAACAGGAUAAGAAUACUUGGUGGAACAUCGAAGAUCAUGUUAACGAGUAUUUACCCAAUAUCACCACCAAGUACGUACCUCCAAAACCUAGAUUCUGGAAGGAAUUCAUAUUGAUAAACUAUGGGAUGAUGGCUUCCAAUAAUGCUUUGGUCCCUGAUCCCAACAAGUAUGACAAUUUAGCGAGUGAAUGGUGGGAAUGGCCCAUUCUUCGUGCUGGUUUGAGAAUGGGUUCAUGGUCUGCCAACCAAGCCAAAUAUUUUUUAAUUGGAAAUCCCGCCGUCACUUUGUUUAGUACUUUCAGUCUCGGGGUAUUGGCCAUCUACUAUGUUGUGGUGUUAUGGCGCUGGCAAAGACAAAAGCUCGUGUACCAAAAUGUGUUUGAUACCAACCUCAACCAAUUGAUAGCACAGUCUAUCUUACCGGUUUCCGGGUGGAUCUUACACUAUUUACCCUUUAUACUUAUGGGACGUGUCACAUACUUGCAUCACUAUGUGCCCGCCCAAUAUUUUGCUACGUUUGUGGCAGGAUGUAUCUUGGAAACAUUGAUCUAUAAACCUUUCAAGAACCACAGAGUUGUGGUUUGGGUUGCAUUUGGCAUAUCCUACACUAUUACAGUUGGACUUUUCUUGUAUUUAAGUCCUCUUUCAUUAGGAAUGACUACCUCUGCCAAAGAUUACAACCACUUGAAGUUUUUCUCUAGCUGGAUGAUUUAA